GUUUUCCUUUCCUCUCAUUCGGAAAUUACUAAUAUUGUUCAAUGUAAAUAUCUUUAUCUCAGGCAAUAACUAUUACAGUUGUAUGUUCGUAAAUUUAUUGCAGUUAUUAUUUAGGCUGUCAACGGAAUAUGUCUACAUUGAACAGCUCAACUAAAGUAUCAUCACAUAGCUGUAAGCUUUUCCAGGUGGACUAAAAAGAUUUUUAAUAAUAAUAAUGACAAUAAAAAGCACGAAACUCAAGAGUUACGUCCUUAUUGACCGGAGCAAUCUAAGAGUAGCACAUCGUUAUCAACAUUAUUUAAAGAUAAUAACUAUGAUAAUAGGGAUAAGAUGCAAUAUUUCGUUAUCAUAUUCCCCUCAGUCACGAAGAUAGUAACACCCACGUCCCGAGCAGGCCUCUUUCCAAUUUAUCUGGAGAAAAGCAAAACAAACUGCAUUCAGUUACCAUAGCAUUCAAUAAACACUUUGGAAUCGAAAGGAUUGCCAUACCAACACUUCAAAGAGAAACAAAACGAAACGAGAAUUAUUUGGCUUACUGAUAACAAAUCAGGACUUCCUAACCUUAUGAUAUACUUGGGAAAAACAAACACGUAACGUUUUGCUUGCUAAACUAUGUUGGGUAGGACAUAUAGACGAACAAAUUAGCUACAACAAUCAGCAAAAUUUUUCUGGGAAAAGUAGGAAUGAUGUGUACUACGUCAUGGUGACACAGUACACUGCACUGCUAUGUCAUUAUUACGUAGUAUACAUUCGCAAUUUUUAGUCCAUUCAUUAAAUACUAUGCAUGAUUAUAUUGUAGCGAUAUGUUAUCAAAAUAAAUGUCAGCGUGUUUAUUAUUGUUAGCCGAUGUCAAACGAGAAAUUCCUGUUACAAAAUCUUUGUAAAAAGUUGACAUGCCAAACUAAUUGAUAGAUAUUCAAGAUGAUGCAGUACUGUGAAAAUGCAUCAGCCAUUAAUAUCUAUUGGAGAGAUAAUGGUCUGAAUCAUUGCUUUAUUGAUACUGUAACAAACAGUAUUUUAUUUUUUAUCAUUGCUGUUUUUGGGACAAUACAGAUAUGGAUGUACAACCGGUACUCAACUUCAGUAGAGAAGAAGUAUAAACCAUUUAAUUUUGGAUAUGUUACACAAAUUCUUGCUACUUCAGUCUUAAUAUUUGAGUCUGUUCUUCAUAUUGUACUGAUUGACACAGCUGAAGAUGGUCGCACUGUUUAUGGCUAUCAGCUCUUCACUUGUCUAGUGUACCUUUGUGGCUGGACUAUAACAAUGAAACUAAUAUGCUUAGAAAGACACCGUGCCUUGCCCUCGAUACCUACAAGAAGCCAUGGACUUGUUUUACUUGUCUUUUGGACAUUAACAUAUGUACGAGAGAAUAUUGCUUUUGUAUCUUGGUUUAGUCCAGAAUGGUGGUGGCAUUUAAGUAGUGAAUCUCAAAAGAUUGAAUUUUCAUUAUGGCUACUGCGUUAUUUGUGCACAAUGUCGCUGUUUAUCUUGGGUUUUUGUGCACCUGGUGUUCCUCGAGGCACUUACCAUUUACUUCUUCAAGAUGAGGAACAGGGCCAAAAUCAAUCACAAACUUCUACUUGGCAAAACUUGUCGAAGAAAUUAAAGCUUAUGUUUCCAUUGGUGUGGCCCAAAGGUCAGUUGGUCUUGCAGUUGUUAGUUCUUUUAUGCCUGGGAUUACUUAGCCUUGGACGAGUAGUGAAUAUUUUUGUACCAAUCUAUUACAAAAACAUUGUGAACAGUCUAUCUGAAGAUGCUUCUGAUGGCAAACCACUAACUUUCCGAUGGGAUUUUGUUCUUAUCUACGUCAUUCUCUUUAUGUUACAAGGUGGAGGAUUUGGUUCAACUGGUCUCUUGAACAAUCUGCGGUCAUUAUUAUGGCUUCCUGUUCAGCAGUAUACAACAAGAAAAAUACAAAUACAAUUAUUUGAACAUUUACAUUGUCUUUCUCUUAGAUGGCAUUUAAACAGGAAGACAGGUGAAGUCCUACGUGUGAUUGACAGAGGAAAGAACAGCAUCAAUCAACUUCUCAGUUAUAUUCUGUUCCAGAUCCUACCUACAAUUAUUGACAUUAUCAUUGCUAUUAUAUUUUUUAUCACUCAGUUCAACUAUAUCUUUGGUUUAGUAGUUUUUCUCUGUAUGACACUCUAUCUUGCAACAACAAUUCUAAUCACAGAAUGGAGAACCAAGUAUCGGCGCAACAUGAAUCUCAAAGACAAUGAAGCUAACACCAAAGCAGUGGAUUCUUUGCUCAAUUUUGAAACGGUGAAGUAUUAUAAUGCUUCUCAGCUGGAAGUAAAUCGAUACCAGGGAGCUAUUGUGGAAUAUCAAAAAGCUGAAUGGUUGUCUACUGUCAGCCUGAACUUAUUAAACACACUGCAAAGUUUUGUCAUUGGAAUAGGUUUACUUGGUGGCUGUAUGUUAUGUGCUUGGUCAGUAGUCCAUGGUCUAAAUGGCCUGAAGCUUACUUCAGGGGACUAUGUUCUGUUUGGUACUUACAUUAUACAGCUUUUUGCUCCAUUAAAUUGGUUGGGAACUUAUUACAGAAUGAUCCAGCAAUCUUUCAUUGAUAUGGAGAAUAUGUUUGAUUUGAUUAACGAAGAAGAAGAGGUUUGUGAUAUUCCUGGUGCCAAAGAACUGCAACUGAAAGAAGGCAAAAUUGAGUUUAAAAACGUUCAGUUUCAUUAUGAGCCUUCACGACCCAUUCUGAAAAAUAUUUCUUUUACUGUUUUGCCUGGACAAACAUUUGCUUUGGUUGGUCAGACUGGAAGUGGAAAGAGUACAAUUGUGAGACUUUUGUUUCGGUUUUAUGACAUACAAGGAGGCAAUAUUGCAAUUGAUAAUCAAGACAUUUCUUUGGUUACUCAAAGUUCACUUCGGCAAUAUAUUGGUGUGGUACCCCAAGACACUGUCCUUUUCAAUGAUGACAUCAGAUAUAAUAUUCGUUAUGGUCGUUUCAAGAGUGAUGAAAGAGACAUUCAGGAAGCUGCUGCUGGGGCUGAUAUUCAUGAACGAAUUAUGUCAUUUCCAAAUCGUUAUGAUACAGUCGUUGGCGAAAGAGGUUUGAAACUGAGUGGUGGAGAAAAGCAGAGAGUUGCAAUUGCUCGUACAUUAUUAAAGGCUCCAGCUAUUGUCCUUCUGGAUGAAGCAACUUCAGCUCUGGAUACUGAAACUGAAAGAAACAUCCAAGCAUCAUUAUCACGUGUAUGUGAAAACCGCACAACUAUUAUUGUUGCACAUCGCCUUUCCACUGUUAUUCAUGCUGAUCAAAUUUUAGUUCUUCAUGAAGGCGUAAUUAUAGAACGAGGAACGCAUGCUGAGUUGAUCAAAGCUGAUGGUGCUUAUAGCUCAAUGUGGCAACAACAGUUGACAAAUAUGUCAACAGAGGAAUCUUCAGAGAAUACGUCAGAGAAGUAAUUAGGAAUAUUUUCAGUUUUUUUAAAAUUCAGAAUAGAUUUUUUUCACAUUCACAUUUCUGAUGGUUUGUAUGAUAGAGUUAUAUAUAAAUAUGUGUUUGUAUGAUAGAGUUUGUAAUUUUAUUGAGAAAAUGUUUUUGGAUCUCACAUAUGUCAAAAUCUAAUAAAAUAUCUGAAUAAGUUUUUCCAGUUAUUGAUUCCAAA